AUGGAAUCAAUACACAAACGACCUUCAUCUCGAGGAUGCACAAAUGUGUAUGGCUCUCGGUUCGCAUCCGAACAUAUGCCUUGCGAUGAACUUCCCUCCGAUGAAAUGCCCAAAGAGACUGCCUACCGCAUGAUCAAGGACGACCUGGUUCUGGAUGGAAACCCAAUGUUAAAUCUUGCGAGCUUUGUCACGACAUAUAUGGAGGACGAAGCCGAGAAGCUCAUGCUCGAGUCCUCGAACAAAAACGUCAUCGAUCAUGAAGAAUACCCCAAAUCGGUCGAGAUCGAACAACGCUGUCUGAACAUGCUCGCCAACCUUUUCCACUCCCCCAAAAAAGGGGACAAAGCCACGGCGAUCGGGACAGCGUGUAUUGGCUCCUCGGAAGCAAUCAUGCUCGCCACCCUCGCUAUGAAGAAACGAUGGAAGAACCAACGGAAAGCAGAAGGGAAAGACACCUCGCAACCCAACAUCAUCAUGAGCACGGGGGUACAGGUGUGCUGGGAGAAGGCAGCCCGGUACUUCGAGAUCGACGAGAGAUUGGUCCCAUGCACAGAAACCAGAUACGUGAUCGAUCCCACCCAAGCCGUCGAGCUGGUGGAUGAGAAUACCAUUGGCAUCUGUGCCAUCCUGGGAACGACAUACACCGGACAAUACGAGGAUGUCAAGGGGAUCAAUGAUGCCUUGGUCGCAAAGAAACUCAGCACCCCGAUUCAUGUGGAUGCUGCCAGUGGUGGCUUCGUCGCUCCCUUUGUGAACCCAGAUCUGGUGUGGGAUUUCCAGCUGCCCAAUGUCGUGUCCAUCAAUGUUUCCGGUCAUAAAUACGGACUGGUGUAUCCCGGUAUCGGAUGGGCCCUCUGGCGAUCACCUGAGUAUCUACCGGAAGAACUAAUCUUCAACAUCAACUACCUCGGUGCCGACCAGCUCAACUUCACGUUGAACUUCUCCAAGCCCGCCUCCCACAUCAUCGCCCAGUAUUACCAGAUGAUCCGUCUCGGUCGACGUGGAUACCACGCCAUCAUGAGCAACCUCACCCACACAGCAGAUUACCUCACCGAGCAGCUCCAGCAGAUGGGUUUCACGAUCAUGAGCGAUGGCGGUGGCAAGGGUCUACCCGUCGUCGCAUUCCGUCUCGGAUUUGCGCAAAACAUCCUCUUCGAUGAGUUCUCUCUGGCGCAUAAGCUCCGGGAACGGGGCUGGAUUGUUCCUGCGUAUACCAUGGCGGCGGAUUGUGAGAAGAUGAGCAUGAUGCGGGUGGUGUUGCGGGAAGACUUUACGCAGAGUCGGUGUGAUAGUCUCGUGCAAGAUAUCCAGUUUGCAUUGAAAGCGUUGGUGGAUCAGGAGAUCCGCAAUAUCCAGCGGUAUCAGGCAUUGCUUUCCACCCAGAACAUCAAGAAGCCGUGUGUGGAAAGUACCUGUGUGGAGGUUGAUCCGGAAUUAGAGACUGUCAAGGUCUAA